AUGGCUGAACAAACUACAAUUAAUGGUCAAUUUGAUCGUGCUGAUAUAAAUCAUGAUGGAACAAUUGAUGAACAAGAAUUUCGACAAUUUCUUGGACCUGUUAGAGAUGAAAGACGGUUUUCUGGAAAUAUAUCUCAGCAAGAUAUUCAACAAAUUCAAUCUCAAUCAUCUCAUGCAACUCAAACAGUAACAUAUCCAGUUGGUCUUGAUGUAGCUUUAGCUGGCUUUGCUGGAAAUCCAAUAGAUUAUGAAAAAUUUACGGGCGGUUCUGAUUCAAGAGAAGCUCAUGUCUAUGGUGUUGGUCCUGAUGUUGGCAUAGGUGCACCAAAUAUUGCUAGAAAAAGUCAUCAAUAUGAUCCUGCUGGUGCUAUGUUUGAUUAUGCUGAUGUGAAUCAUGAUGGAAAAAUUGAUCAUCAGGAAUUUGGCACAUUUAUGCGCUUUGUGUAA